GCCGCGACCCGCGCCGCCGGGGAUGCUGCGCUGGGUCCGGCAGCAGCUGGGUUUUGACCCACCGCAUCAAAGCGACACAAGAACUAUUUAUAUAGCAAAUCGUUUUCCCCAGCAUGGCCAUUAUGUUCCUCAGAAGUUUGCAGACAACAGAAUCAUAUCAUCCAAGUAUACAGUGUGGAAUUUUGUUCCAAAAAACUUGUUUGAGCAGUUCAGAAGAGUAGCCAACUUUUAUUUUCUCAUUAUAUUUUUGGUUCAGCUCAUGAUAGAUACCCCUACCAGUCCUAUUACCAGUGGAUUGCCAUUAUUCUUUGUCAUAACUGUGACAGCCAUAAAACAGGGCUAUGAGGACUGGUUACGACAUAAAGCAGACAAUGAAGUCAACGGUGCUCCCGUUUACGUUGUUCGAAGUGGUGGCCUUGUGAAAACCAGAUCUAAAAACAUCCGGGUGGGGGACAUUGUCAGAGUAGCCAAAGAUGAGACUUUCCCUGUUGAUCUGGUGCUGCUGUCGUCUGACCGAGUGGAUGGUUCAUGCCAUGUUACCACUGCAAGUUUGGAUGGAGAGACCAAUCUUAAGACACACGUUGCAGUCCCAGAAACAGCAGUGCUGCAGUCUGUUGCCAACCUGGACAAACUGGUAGCUGUUAUAGAAUGUCAGCAGCCAGAAGCAGAUCUAUACAGAUUUGUUGGGAGAAUAACUGUAAGUCAACAAGCUGAAGAAAUAGUACGACCUCUUGGGCCUGAAAGUCUCUUACUUCGUGGAGCAAGAUUAAAAAACACUAAAGAAAUAUUUGGUGUUGCUGUGUAUACAGGUAUGGAGACAAAGAUGGCAUUAAAUUACAAGAGUAAAUCUCAGAAACGGUCAGCAGUAGAAAAGUCCAUGAAUUCCUUUUUGAUUAUUUAUCUAAUAAUCCUCCUCUUUGAAGCCAUUCUGAGCACUAUUUUAAAGUAUGCAUGGCAAGCUGAAGAGAAAUGGGAUGAGCCUUGGUAUAAUGAAAAAACAGAGCAUGAAAGGAACAGCAGUAAGAUCCUGAGAUUUAUUUCAGAUUUUCUUGCUUUUCUCGUACUUUACAAUUUUAUCAUACCCAUUUCACUCUAUGUGACUGUUGAGAUGCAGAAAUUUCUUGGGUCUUUUUUUAUUGGCUGGGAUCUUGACCUCUAUCAUGAAGAAACAAACCAGAGAGCACAAGUAAAUACUUCAGACCUCAAUGAGGAAUUGGGACAGGUAGAAUAUGUGUUUACAGACAAAACUGGUACGUUAACUGAAAAUGAGAUGCAGUUUCGGGAGUGCUCCAUUAAUGGCAUAAAGUACCAAGAGGUCAAUGGCAAACUAACUCCAGAGGGAUUUUCUGAAGAUUCCCCAGAUGGAAAUAGGCGUGGUUUGGUGAAAGAGGAAGAGCUCUUCUUGAAAGCAGUUUGUCUGUGUCAUACAGUGCAGAUCAAUGCAGAUCAGACAGAUGGUGCUGAUGGUCCCUGGCAUGCCAAUGGAAUCACAUCCCCUCUGGAAUAUUAUGCUUCCUCACCAGAUGAGAAGGCUUUAGUGGAAGCUGCGAGCCGGGUUGGAGUAGUGUUUACUGGAAUUAGUGGAGACAGUAUGGAAGUAAAAAGUCUUGGAAAACCAGAGAGGUAUAAAUUGCUUCAUGUUUUGGAGUUUGAUCCAAAUCGCAGGCGAAUGAGUGUCAUUGUAGAGAGUCCCUCAGGGGAGAAGCUUUUAUUCACAAAGGGAGCAGAGUCUUCCAUUCUGCCUCGUAGUAAGAGUGGAGAAAUAGAUAAAACAAGGAUACACGUGGAUGAAUUUGCUUUGAAAGGCCUAAGAACUUUGUGUGUGGCCUACAGAAGAUUCACACCUGAGGAGUACCAAGAAAUCAGCAAACGCCUUCAUGAGGCCAGGACUGCCUUACAGCAGCGGGAAGAGAGAUUAGCAGAUGUGUUCAACUUCAUAGAAAGGGAUCUGGAAUUACUGGGGGCUACAGGAGUAGAAGACAAACUGCAGGAGAAAGUCCAAGAAACUAUAGAAGCCCUCAGGCUGGCUGGUAUCAAAGUGUGGGUGCUCACUGGAGACAAGCAUGAAACAGCUGUUAGUGUCAGUUUAUCCUGUGGACACUUUCACAGAACCAUGAACAUCCUUGAGCUUGUGCAGCACAAGUCAGACAGUACCUGUGCAGAACAGCUGAGGCAGCUAGCCAAGAGAAUAAAGGAAGACCAUGUUAUUCAGCAUGGACUGGUUGUGGAUGGGACCAGCCUCUCUCUUGCACUCAGGGAACAUGAAAAGCUGUUCAUGGAAGUUUGCAAAAACUGUUCUGCAGUGUUGUGCUGCCGUAUGGCACCCCUUCAGAAAGCAAAGGUGGUUCGACUGUUAAAAACCUCUCCAGAGAAGCCCAUAACAUUAGCCAUCGGAGAUGGUGCUAACGAUGUGAGCAUGAUCCAGGAGGCACAUGUUGGCAUAGGAAUCAUGGGCAAGGAAGGAAGGCAAGCUGUAAGAAACAGUGACUAUGCAAUAGCACGGUUUAAAUUCCUCUCCAAGUUGCUUUUUGUUCAUGGGCACUUUUACUAUAUUAGAAUAGCAACCCUUGUACAGUACUUUUUUUAUAAGAAUGUGUGCUUUAUUACACCACAAUUUUUAUAUCAGUUCUUCUGUUUGUUUUCACAACAAACGCUCUAUGACAGUGUAUACCUGACUUUGUACAAUAUUUGUUUCACUUCCCUGCCUGUCCUCAUCUACAGUCUUUUUGAGCAGCAUGUGCACCCGCAUGUAUUGCAGAGUAAACCUGUGCUCUACAGAGACAUCAGCAAAAAUGCCCAUCUGGGGUUUAAACCAUUUCUUUACUGGACCAUCUUGGGCUUCUUUCAUGCAUUUGUUUUCUUUUAUGGCUCAUAUCUUCUAAUGGGAGAAGACACUUCUCUGCUGGGAAAUGGCCAGAUGUUUGGGAACUGGACAUUUGGUACUUUGGUCUUCACCGUUAUGGUUAUAACUGUUACGAUGAAGAUGGCACUAGAAACUCACUUCUGGACAUGGAUAAACCAUUUUGUUACUUGGGGAUCCAUUGUGUUUUAUUUCAUAUUCUCCUUGUUUUAUGGGGGAAUUAUCUGGCCAUUUUUACAUACCCAGGACAUGUACUUUGUAUUUGUUCAACUGUUGUCAAGUGGUUCUGCUUGGUUUGCCAUAAUCCUCAUAGUAGUUGCUUGUUUGUUUAUUGAUGUUGUGAAGAAAGUGCUGUACAGACAUCUGCAACCAACAAGUACUGAGAAAGCUCAGCUUACUGAGGCAGGUUCAGGUAUCAACUGCUUGGACUCCAUGUGCUGCUUCUCAGAUGGGGAAACAGCAUGCACAUCUGUUAGAAGAAUGCUGGAACGACUAAUGGGAAGGUGUAGCCCAACCCGGGUCAACAGGUGUGGCAUUUCUCUCAAUAGCCUUUGCUGCAGACGAUUCUCCUAUAAACUGGAACCUGAUGAGCCUGCAGCAAUAGAUGUCUAGAAACUAGCUGCAGGUUUUGCUUAUCUUAGUAGAAAAUGCACUUCUUUAUUGUACCUUUUUCAUCCUAAAAGAUUAGCUUCUUGUUUCUUUUUGAGUGAUUUCUUUUGGGAUGGGGACGGGAAAAACGGUUUUUGAAAGAUUUCUGUUAAAGUGUUUAGUUUGGCUUUACAAGCUCUUGUGUUGUAUCUGUCAUAAUUUCUCUUGAUUUGUACAUUCUUUUCUUUAGAAAAUCAAGCCUUGCUGCUGUUUUUGUUCUCCUUUUUAUGAUUACUUUUUUGCCUUCACAAAUCAGGAGUUGUUUGUAAAGUCGAAAGACUUUUCCCUUUGGUUCUUGAUGUACAACCUCCAAAUAUUUACCUUGGAGCUUGCAUUACUCCUGAAGGUGUACAAAAGGCUCACAUUCCCCCCCUGAAAUCUAACUUCAUUGUUAGGAGGAGAGCCUUUAAAUCUUUCAGCCAUUGAUUGAUAUGAAGAUGAAAUAUUUUUGUAGUAUAACUUUUAUAAUCUAUUUCUAAAAUCAGAGUGAUUGACAGAACAGAGUCUUCAGGUUCUAAGAAUUUUCAAUGUUUUUUUGGGUUCCAGAAGGUAUAUUGUCAAAAUCAUGUGUGCCAUUCCAAAGUAUGUGCUAAAUAAAUCUUUCCUUCACAAACCACAUGUGAAGCAAACAUCAGUGGGAUUAAAGCAUGUUGAGUAAUUGAAGAUGUCUGAGGAGCAACACUGCUCUUGCAGUCAGCCCAACUUGGAGAGGAGCUCUCACUGAAUCCUUCAUGUGCCAUCUCCCCAUUUCCAAACAAAGAGGGAUAGCAAACAAAUACGGAAAUAUUUGGGGGUAGAAAUAAAAAUAGUCUUUUGUACAUCAUAAUCUCUGUCCCUGAAUGAUAUCAUGGUCCUUCAUUGGUCAAAAGGCAAACUUGAAAACACUUCACAAAAUGUGAACUUCACACAUUUUCAAGGAAACUCAUUUUGUAUUUGAAGAACUUUGUCUCUCUCAGUUAAAGGUUGUGAUAUCAUUCCUUGGGUAUCAAAUCUCGUGUGGGUAAUUUUCCCUGACAGCUUUGUCAGCUCUGAUUCUGCCUUUAGGUAUUGCCUGGUCUGUAGCUCAUCUCUGUUGGAACUCUUGUGUUGAACACGGUGUCUGUGCUUUCAGUCAGUCUCUCUCUUCUGGCUUGCUUGUGAAAUUUAUUCAAUGUUUCUACAAAUCUAGGGUAUGAGUAUGCAAGAAGUUUCAUUCCAUAUGAAAAAUGAACUGUUACAAUUAAGUACAUUUUUAAUUCAAACUUGCUGUGUAGAAAGCAGGCAUGAUGUGUAAAAUAAACAGUUUAAUAGAA